AUGGUCGAAUCGGUCCCCAUUGAUACGUUUCUUCGAGAGCUAAAAAUUUAUUACAGCCGUUCAACAACAUUGCCUCUCUCUUAUAUCACCAUUAACAAUAUGAACUUCAAAAUUGCUGCCCGCGCACUUUUGUACAGCCUUGUGAUAAGUUCAAAAAUGUACCGUAGAAUCCGAUCUGAACAUCGCCGUGGAAAUCACUUCGUUUUAUUCAAUGCUAGUUAUAAAUCCAAAACUUGUUGGUACAUUGGGGCGGUGCUUUUUUACUUCGAGCACAACAACACCUCCGAUCCUCAAAAUGCCCAAUUCUCGGUUUUUGUUGAAGUAAUGAAAGAACAUUACGCUACCGACUAUGACAAUACUAUACCGAUGAUAAAAAUGAACAGCGAUAGUGCAACAACAAGACAUGCUGUGAUCAGCCUCAACGACGUCCAACAUCAAGUAGGUUUGGUCCAGUCAUCACCCAAUUCACUUGAAUAUAAAGUUGUUGCACUAUACAAGAUCUUCAACGAAAACGUAAAACAAAGUGCUGGACAACUAAAACACAUUUAA